UUCGGGUCACCAAUCCGUUUUUUAAACCAUUGGGAUCACCCAUUUCUGAUCAGUCCUGAUCCAAACCGAUGAGAGCUCCAUGCUCCUGCAUAGCCUCCACGUUCCAUACACGACGCUAGUGAAAAUAGAGAGAGAGAGAGAGAGCCGCUUUAUAAGUGAAACUGAGGCCUUCUCUCCCAUUCAUUUCCACUCCUCAGCUAAUGCUCAGAGCCAUCUCUCUCUAACUCUCUCUCUCUCUCUCUAGAAUCCUGCUACAAUAUCUGUGCUCCAAAAUGGCACCCAACUUUUCUUAUCAAAGUUCUGGGAACGUUCACAGAGCCGAGGAAGAAGAGGCCGUACAAGAGAGAAUUAAGGUCAACACUACAUACCUCAACGCAUUCUCACUCUUCCUCUUAUCUCUUCUCCUCUCCUUCAUCUUCUACCGUUUCUCCACCUUAUCUAACCACAAAGGACUAAGUUAUGUCAUUUGGACCCUCGCACUUGCCUGUGAGACUUGCUUUGCUUGUCUGUGGAUUUUAUCAAUGAACCAAAGGUGGAGCAUGGUCCAGUAUCGAACAUACCCAAACAAGCUCCUAAAAAGGUUGAAGACGGAAUCAGAACUACCAGCAGUGGACAUGUUCGUGACGACGGCGGACGCUCUGAAGGAGCCUCCGAUCCUCACAGUAAACACAGUGCUAUCCCUCCUUGCGGUGGACUACCCUGCGAACAAGCUUGCGUGCUAUGUCUCAGACGACGGAGCUUCGCCCCUCACGUUUUACGCUCUUACAGAGGCCGUGGAGUACGCGAAACGAUGGGUACCCUUUUGCAAGAAGCACGGUGUGAGUGUCAGAGCCCCCUUCAUGUAUUUCUCGCAGACAUCUCAUAUCUGUAACAGUUUCUCUUCAGAAUUUCUAACAGAAUGGAAGAAAAUGAAGAGUGAAUACGAUGAGCUUAGCAAGAGAAUCAAUGAGGCAGUUAGCAGCAAGUCGGUGCCAUAUCCAAAUAUCAAUGAGGAAUUUGCAGCUUUCUCUCGGAUGGAAAACAGAGACCAUCCGAGCAUCGUAAAGGUGAUAGUAGAGAAUAGGGAAAGGAGCAUAGGUGGAUUACCACAUGUAAUUUAUGUGUCGAGGGAGAAGCGUCCAAAGCAUCCUCAUCACUACAAGGCGGGUGCCAUGAACGUAUUGACACGAGUAUCGGCAGUGAUGACAAAUGCUCCUAUUAUCAUGAACGUCGAUUGCGACAUGUUUGUGAACAACCCCACUUGUUUCUAUGAAGCAAUGUGCCUUCUAUUGGGGUUCAAAAGUGAGAGAGAGUCCGCCUUUGUUCAAUUUCCCCAAGUGUUCUAUGGAGGCCUCAAGGAUGACCCGUUUGGAAACCAACUGAAAGUCCUCUUCAGUGUUGUAUUGGCUGGUAUUUCAGCAAUACAGGGGCCAUGUUAUGCAGGAACAGGAUGCUUUCAUAGAAGAAAAACCAUCUACGGUUUUCCGGCAGAAGAUUCAAAAGGAAAUUUUUUGGAGUUCUUCAAUGGAUCAAAUGAAGCCAAUAUGGAGGAAUUGAUAAAUAGAUUUGGGCAUUGUAAGGAGCUCUUGAGAUCAAUAUUAAGUAUUCAUUUGAACAAGGCUGGAGACACUCUCAGCUUUGAGAGCGCUGUAGAGGCUGCACACAUUGUGGCUGGUUGCAAAUAUGAGAACAAUACUUAUUGGGGAGACCAGGUAGGAUGGGUUUAUGGAUCUAGUACAGAAGACCUGCUCCUAUCUCUAAAACUGUUCUCCACGGGAUGGAGGUCAGUCUAUUGCACACCACAGCCACCGGCCUUUCUUGGUUGUGCACCCUCCAGUGGUCCUGAAACCCUACUUCAGCAAAGAAGGUGGGCCGCCGGCCAAUUAGAGUUGUUCGUAGGAAGGCAUAGCCCUCUCUUGUCCACCAUAACAAAGAAGCUUGAGAUAAGGCAAUGCUUGGCUUUCCUUAGCAUUUGGGCCUUGCGUCCCAUCCCUGAGAUUUUCUACUCCAUUCUUCCUGCUCUUUCCCUCCUUACUAACACCCACUUCAUGCCCAAGUUUCCUGAGCCAAUAGUGCUGAUUCCUAUCUCACUCUUCGUGCUAUUCAACUUCUUCGGGUUGAUGGAGUAUUGGCGAUGCAAUCUCUCGACAAGGGAAUGGUGGAAUAACCAACGGAUGGCUAGGAUAAAUUGCGCUAGUGGGUGGCUUUUUGGAUUCUUCGACGUCACUUUGAAGCUACUUGGACUCUCAGACAUUGUCUUUUUUGUGACACCAAAGGAUGAAAGGGACAACGAUCCUAAUGCUGAUAAGUUUACCUUCAAUUCGGAUGUAAUGUUUAUACCACCCACAACUCUGUUGUUCCUGAACCUUGUAGGCUUGGUUAUUAUUGCCCCUAAGUUAGCUAGGGGUGACUUUAAUAUGUUAUUGGAAGUUCUAUGUAGUGCAUGGGUGGUUUCCUGCUUUAACCCUUUUCUCAAGGGACUUGUGAGGAAGGGAAGAUAUGGGCUUCCUUGGUCCAUAAUUUGCAAAUCUGGGGCUCUGGCUCUCAUGUUUAUUUACAUUUGUAAGGUGCAUGUUCAAGGUGGAUUGAUCUAGUUUGUAUCUUCAUGUUAUCUAUGAAUCUAUAAUUGUAUUUUUUGGGAGCACCUU